AUGAAUGUGAUGUGGAUGAGAGGUCACAUAAGUGUCAUAUCUGUGGUACGUCCUUUACGCAACGUGGUCAUCUCAAACCCACAUAAAUGUGGUGUCUGUGGGAAAUGCUUUGGUCAUGCCGGUAAUCUAAAAAUUCAUGCAAUAAUUGAUACUGGUGAAAGACCACAUAAAUGUGGUGUCUGUGGGAAAUAUUUUACUCAUUCCACUGAUCUCAGAUACCCCAUAUUAAUUCAUACUGGUAAAAGACCAUAUAAAUGUCCUGCCUGUGAGAAGUCCUUUAUUCAACGUGGUAAUCUCAAACGUCAGGAAAUAAUUCAUACUGGUGGAGAAACGUGUAUUAGGUCACACACAAGACACACCAAAUUAAAGCAUAUCGUUCGCCUACUUGAAUCAUCAUAA